AUGCCGGGACCUCUCUCGCCGCGGCAUUCGGGAUUCCUGCCUAUAAACAAUACACAGUCGAACGACAUGCCUGACGGCGAUAUUCCCCUGACCCAGGUCAGGAGCGCCGCCUCUACUGGCGCCAGGAAGCCCACGAUGAACGCUUCUAACGAGGACUCUGGUUCCUCUGGUACAAAUGAGAAGCAUGGUCUUUUCCACCGCCCCAAUGCCAAGGGCGGACGCCGCAAGAAGAAGGCAGAACUCGGCCGCCACGGAACUGCUGGCUCGGACGAGGUCAAGAUGAACGCCAUGGGUCGCUUCUACACCAAGAUCACCAGCGCGUCUGUCGUCACGCGCUACCUGGUUUACAUCAUUCCUAUCGGUCUUCUACUCGCGAUACCACUCAUCGUUCUCCCCAUUACGGGUCACAAAGACGAUGUCAUGAUUGGCAACAACAAGGAGAAAUCGCUAUUUAACCUCUUUGUGUGGAUUGAGAUUGCCUGGUUGACCCUCUGGGCCGGCAAGGUUGUCGCCUGGCUCAUGCCUCACGCCUUCAUGUUCUUCUGUGGAGUGGUCAGUUCCGGUACGCGCAAGUACGCUACUGUCCUCCAGAACUUGCAGAUUGCCCUUUCACUCUUCUUCUGGGCCCUGGCAUCAUGGCAGUCAUUCCAGGCCCUCUUCAAGUCCGACAACAACCAAUCUUCCUGGGUUACCACCAUGAUCCGUCUUCUUGGUGCCACAUUUGUGUCUUCAGCCGUAUACCUUGGCGAGAAGGCCAUUGUUCAGCUCAUCGGUAUCUCUUACCACCAGAGAUCAUUCGCUCUUCGCAUCAAGGAGUCCAAGCGUGAGGUUCGCUUGCUCGGUCUUCUCUACGAUGCCUCCCGCACCCUUUUCCCUAUGUACUGCCCCGAGUUUGAGGACGAGGACUAUGUCAUCAACGAUAGUCUCGAUUUGAUCUUAGCCAAGGCCGCGAAGGGUGGCAAGGGCGGUAAUGGUAGCGCUACGCCCCUCCGCCUUGUCGGUGACAUUGGCCGUGUAGGAGACAAGAUCACCGGUGUCUUCGGUAACAUUGCCUCGGAAAUCACUGGAAAGCAGGUCUUCAACCCCAACUCGGCUCACUCCAUUGUUAUUGAAGCCCUCGAGAAGCACAAGCCUUCCGAGGCUCUCGCCCGCCGUAUCUGGAUGUCUUUUGUGGUCGAAGGAAAGGACUCGCUGUACCCCGAAGACUUCCUGGAAGUGCUUGGACCCGCUUACUCUGAUGAGGCCGACGAGGCUUUCGGUAUGAUCGAUAACGACAUGAACGGCGAUAUCAGCUUGGAAGAGAUGACUCGCAAGGUUGUCGAGAUUGGCAAGGAACGCAAGGCUAUUACCGAGGGAAUGAAGGACAUUGGUCAGGCACUCCGCGUGUUUGAUAAGGUUCUCAUGUUCGUUGUCGUCUUGAUCGUUGUCUUCAUUUUCCUCGCGUGGUUCCAGUCCAGCUUCUUGACCACCGUCGCCACUGCUGGUACUGCGCUUCUUUCCCUGUCAUUCGUCUUCGCCGUUACCACCCAGGAAUUCCUUGGUUCUUGCAUCUUCCUCUUCGUCAAGCAUCCCUACGACGUUGGUGACAGGGUCGAUAUUGUUGGUUCCGAGAAGCAGCAACUCAUCGUGGACAAGAUUUCGCUUCUGUACACCGUCUUCACCCGUAUCGACAAGAUGCAGGUCGUCCAGGUUCCCAACAUCGCUCUCAACAACCUAUGGAUCGAGAACGUCUCCCGUAGCAAGGCCAUGAAGGAGGUCAUCGACUUGAACGUCUCCUACGACACCAGCUUCGAGGACCUCGAACUCCUCCGUGUUGAGAUGGAGAACUUCGUUCGCAACUCCGAUAACUCCCGCGACUUCAUGCCCGAUAUCGCCAUUGGCGUUGCCGGUGUCGGUGAUUUGGACAAGCUACAGCUUAAGAUCGCGAUCAAGCACAAGUCCAACUGGCACAACGAUGGCGUUCGCGCCACUCGCCGCUCCAAGUUCAUGUGCGCUCUGGCCAUGGCUCUGAAGAAGAUCCCCAUUUAUGCCCCUGGUGGUGGUAGCGAGGCCCUUGGUGCUCCUGGCAACCCAUCUUACUCCGUCGCCGUCACCGACUCCUUCGCUGCGUCAGCCCGUGACAAGGCUGCCAAGGAUAAGGAGGCCGCGCGUUUGGUGCCCUCUCCCGCCGCCGAAGGAACUGACGGCAACCCCGACUCUAAAACCGAGAAGGCUGCCGCAGCUGAACUCAACCUGCGUGACCCGAUGGUCGAAGAGGAAUGGGGCUACCGGGUAGGCGAUGACGACACUUUGUCGUCCCAGGAAGCUCGCCGCCGCUCUAACGAUAUCGACCGCGUCCGCAGUCAGCUGAUGAAGCGCGCCAGCACCAAGGGCGGUGGUGGCCGUCGCAAGCCCGGCGAAGGCAUCCCCAUGUCCCCUGUCGGUGAUGGACCCGGCCUUGGUCUGACGCAGACGACGUCUCGCAACCGCAUUUACGACGAGGAGGCAGAGACGGGUGUCCAAGGAUCCUACAACUCUCCCUACUACGGCGCCCAAUCAACCGGUUACUCCGGCGCCUACGGACAGUCCCUGUCUCCCACUAUCUCGCCUCCCCACAACACCAACCUUACCCCCCACCCACUCCAGAGCGCCCCAUCGGGCCAGCGUCCUCGUGGACGCAGUGUAUCCAGCACCCAGCAGGAGGUUCAGCCGAGCACUUCAAAGAAGCAGUAA